CACAAAAACAAUAGUGAUAUCUGUUCUGUUCAUUCUCCAAAAAGUCAAAGAUAUAGAGAGAUGGGUAACCGCUCCUCGAUUCCUGAAGGUCCUCCACUGAGGAUUGUGAUGAUUGGGAAAACUGGAGUUGGGAAAAGUGCGGUCGGUAACACCAUCGUGGGUAAAAGGGUUUUCCAUUCUUCAGCGAGUCUUCAGUCCGUGACAGCCAGCUGCGAGAAAGAACGGGUCAACUGUCGCAGAAAGAUCCACGUGGUUGAUACGCCCGGGAUCAUGGAUACAUCUAGAAGUGCAGACAGCAUAAAGACCGAGAUUGCAAAAUGCAUCCAAGUGUCCUCUCCCGGCCCUCACGCCUUCCUGCUGGUAAUCCAGAUCGGCAGGUUCACCAAAGAAGAAGAAAACUGCGUCCAAGCCCUGGAGAAAAUCUUCGGACCCAAUGCAUCUAAGUACAUGAUCGUUCUGUUCACGCGUGGAGAUGAGUUGAAGGGCAAAAGCAUUCGGGAGUAUCUGCAAACAGGCCAUCCAAAACUUCGAGAGGUGAUCAACAGGUGCGGUAACCGAUACCACGUCUUCAACAACAAGAAAAGAAGGAACAGAACUCAAGUGGUUAAGCUGAUCGAGAAGAUCGAUGACAUGGUGGCAGCCAAUGGAGGGCAGCACUUCAGUGAAGACAUGUAUGAAGAGGCAGAGCAGACUCUGCAGCAGAUGAAGGACAGAGACACAGCAGAGCAGCAGGUUUACAACUUCUCCUUCAUGUCUGACCUUCUGCAGAGGGUCAUUCUGUUUCAGGCCAUACUGGCUGCCACUGCACAGGAAGAUGCCAACAACCUGGACCAAUCCAUCACCGCCUCCUACUCCAACAUUAGGCCUGCUGUCUGAUGAAAACUGCUCAUGUGACAGAAAACAGGUUGAUUAGUUUAAAAUCUGGGUGGAAAAAGAACUAAACCAACCACAGCCAUAUGUUGUGAACUGAAUCUCUUCUGGUUUUUGAACUUUUGGAUAAUUUGAGGGCAUAAAAUUGUUUGCUUGUUCUCUUAUUAUUAUUUUUGACAUUGAAUAAACUAUGAUGAAGAAUGAUUGAUGAAUUUGUUGAAAAGGUAUGAAAGCCUUUCUUGUCUUCCAAAUGGAACAAAGCCCUCUGUUUUCAUGUAAUUAUUUUUUAUGUAAUUUCACAAAAUGUGGAUUUACUGUAUGCGAAUGACCAAAUACAUGACGCAUACAGCGUUCAUUAUUAAUAACCUAGAUAGCCUUGUUUUUAUUGAUAAUUAAACCCUCUAUUCUUUGUGUGUUUGAAAGAAAGUCACUGGUAUUUAUCUGGCUCUGGUAUUUUCCCAGUGCUUUUGAUUCUUGACUGUCCAAAAGCUAUUUUGUGUCUGUGAGACUAAUUCUUAAAAUAAGGUGUUAAUGGACUGAAUCAUUGUUAAUGCCUUUUAUAUAGGCUAUAUAUAGAUAUAUGUUGCAGAUAUAUGUAAAAAAACAAAAAUAAAUCAAAGUUCUUGAUUUAAUACCACUUAUUUAGCAAGAUAAAAUGGGAAAACAGAAGUAAUACAAAGAAGACAUUUCUAUGUAUUUAUGUAAUAAAGAAAAACAUUUUAAUAAAAUGUAAAGUGAAACUGAUUGAAAAGAUAACAAAAAGUGUUAGUCUUAAAAGGAAAUUCAAAACUGAAAAGCAGAAAAAAAGAAAAAACAAAAUUAAAUAUACAGUAUGUUUUUUUUUCAUUCCUAUUUUAUUAAAAUUUUCCUCAUGGGUUUUAUCACAGGUACAAAUUGCAGUGGGUUCUGCUCAUCUACAGCAAAAUAAAGUUGACAAGAUGCAUCUGACUGUUUUGAUCUGUUUGAGAUUUUCACUGCAGUCUGUCUUCAUGAUUGUGAUCUGAGGUGGAGCGUUUGUCAUCUUGAUCAUUUUCUAUACAGGAGCAAUGAAAAACAUUCAAAGAAUGAUGUGCUGUUUCAUGUCGAGUUGCUAAAUGUUCUGACCUGUAAGCAGUAUCAUAAGGUUGUAGCUACAUGGGGCUAUUCUGAAUAAUGUAUGUAUGCUUUGCUGAUAAAAUAUCUGUCCCCUUAUUUAAGUAAACUCUUUGGUAUAUUUAAUUUUGGUAUUUACCUCAACUCCAUUAAAUUAUCUACAUACUUCUUGAA